AUGGUAACUCAAAUCCCCACUCUGUACAACCGGGAGGGAAGUGGCACCAUGUUGGGACCUCUCGGUCACCGUACUGCGAGCGAAGUUCAGCCAAUCACGCGACUACUAUUGCUAUACAAACAAUGUACCUGUACAUAUGUUGUUUUUCUACUCACUGCAGUUUCUCAGUCUGACCUCUACGUGACCUUGUGUAUGCCCACGGCCUCGGUCAAUACUCUGCGCACUAAGAGCAUUCCUAACUGCAACACACCUGAAUGGAACGAGACCUUCCACUUCCGUGUGAACAGCCACGUCAAGAAUAUUCUGGAGCUAAACGUAUAUGAUGAAGAUCUUAGGCGAGACGACCUCUGCACUAGGCUCUUCUUCGACAUCAGCACCCUCACAGUGGGCAAGAAGAAGACUAAGGUCUUCAUCACUGAUGAAAAGGUCAGUACAUCUAGACUCUACUCCCUGACGCAUGCCGAGAAUAUCUCUCCAACGGAGUUCUUGUGCGGUGUGUGCGAUCGACCUCUACAACGUGUGUCUGUGUGUCAUUCAGUGCGACAGAACAUGCUGUUAACGUUACGAGGGGCGUAUGUUGAAGAUCAAGUCAUCUCGCCUUCCAAGGAAAGCAGCCUCAUGCAGACUCUUCGCUACUACAUCAACAAAGACCUGGAGACCAAGAUUGAACUUCAGGCGAAUGGGAAGGAAGCAAGUCCAGCUUCGUCCCCUGCAUCGCCGUUGUCCGCUGCAUCCACAUCGGCGUUCACUUUCUCUCUUCCUGCAGUAAAGGUGACAACUAACAGUAACCUAGCAACAGAUCCUGAGGAGGACAUGAAGGUGCGUCUGGAUUUUGACAUACCUGCAAAGGAGAAGGCGUUUCUGGUGAAAAGGAAAGAAGUGGUGUCUCGUGCACUGCAGAAAAUACUCAACCUCAAAUCCCCCCUGGAUCCAAGUAAGGUGCCAACAGUGGCUUUGGUGUGUUCAGGAGGUGGCUCGAGGGCCAUGACGGGCAUGUACGGUUCCCUGAAAGGACUGCAGUGUUUUGGCUUGUUGGAUACCAUUAGCUACAGCACUACUGUGUCUGGUUCCACCUGGGCUAAUGCGUACCUCUACAAUGACCCACUCUGGUCAAAGAAAGACCUUGAUGAGGCAAUUGUGUCAGUGAAGAAAGAGCUCUCUAAGAGUACCAAAGGUCUGUUUGGUCCCAGCCUGUUGCGGUAUUACUACUCCGAGCUCCGGCAGAAACGGAAGGAAGGUCACCUUGUCUCUCCUAUCGACAUGUGGGGGCUCAUGAUAGAAAACGCCAUUUAUGGAAAGAAACACACAGCUACACUGUCUGACCAGCAGGAGGCAGUCUCCGAAGGCCAGAACCCGCUCCCAAUCUACACAGCCGUCAACAUGAAGAAGGCCGCUGGCGGCUUCAUGGUGGCUGAGUGGUGUGAGUUUACUCCAUUUGAGGUAGGAUUCCCCAAAUAUGGAGGCUUUGUGCCUACAGAACAUUUUGGGAGCGAGUACUACCUUGGUCAUCUGGUUAAGAAAGUACCAGAGACACGAAUCUCCUACUAUUUGGGCAUGUGGAGCAGCGUCUUCUCUGCUAACCUGAUGCAGCUCUGGAAACAUGUGACUGGAGCAAUGCCGUCCUGGACUUCCUGGCUGGGGGAGGAUGUGUGCAGCAUUGGUAAGACUGUAUUACUGAGCUCAUGUCUCUCACCUAGUCUGUUCAUCUUCCUGUUCAGUUUCCUGUAUAACAUUGGUUCUGUUGAAGGGAAGAUAAGAGUAACUGAUCCUCAGGGAUGUGUGUUCUGGCAUGUAGAGACAGAUGAUAAUCAGUCAACGCUGGAUACCUUGCGGCUCAGUUCAGAGGCUUCGACACUGAGCAACUUCAUGCAUGGUCGUCCCGUCAUCUACAAUGUGUUCAACUUCUUGCGAGGAUUCUUCCUGCACAACAUGUACAGCGAAAACUUCAGGUUCAACACCUCUAAAGAGACACACCCGGAUGCGUUUCCGAACAGUCUGACCCCGAGAGAUCACACCAUUGGCUUGGUGGAUGCUGGUUUUGCCAUUAACGCAGCCUUCCCUCCAGUGCUGUGGCCAUACCGACGCGCCGACAUCAUUCUGUGCCUCAGCUACUCCUGGGAUGAGGAUCCUCUAAGUAUCCUUAAGAAGACUCAGCGCCACUGUGCUGACCGCCAGCUGCCUUUCCCAAACAUAGACUUCAGCAAGUAUGAGUCUGAGUCCCCAAGGGAAGUGUAUGUAUUUGAGGAUGAGGAGAAUCCCGAUGCUCCCAUAGUGGUCCACUUCCCGCUGGUCAACAUCUCCUUCAAAGAGUAUAAAGCACCUGGGGUGAAGAGGCAGGGAAAGGAAGAGUUGAACGCCGGAAAUGUCGAUGUGAGCUCUAGAUCCUCUCCGUACGUCACAUCAAACCUCACAUACGCGCCAGAGGACUUCCAGAGAUUGGUGGACCUCACUUGCUAUAAUGUCUCCAACAACAAGGAGAGCAUCGUGUGCGCUCUAGAGAGAGCUCUGAACAGAAAAGGGCUCGCUAACAAAGCUCCUAACGAAGAAAAGUAAAAGCGUAGCUGUGGCCGUCGUGUUAAUCGGCUACAUUUUUAACAGUAGCGUGUUUAGUCAUUUCAUAACUCUAAAAUUCACGUAUGGCGGUAAUAGAGUAACCUUUAAAAAAUAUAUGCUUUAACAAAGUAAUCGUAGUGGAAACUAGAACUCUUAUAGUUAAGGAAAUGUUUGGAGUAAAGCUGGAAAUGUAGUUAAAUACAAAUACAAAAAAGUGUAAAACAACGUAACCACUACAAAAAGACUGUAUAGUCCAUCUUUUAUAUCACUCGCGAUGUGUUAUCCUGUUUAAAUCAAAUUACAUUGAAACUGUUUAAAUCAAAUUACAUUGGAACUGUUACUGAGAGGGCAUGAUAAGGAAGUACACCACAUUCCCCAGAGUUUCCUGCUGUAAGGAAUUAGAUCCCUUUUAAAUCCACUUCUGCCUAUAUCGUAUAUCCAUCUUCAUUCGAAAUUAACUCGAAAUGUUCUGGGGGCAAGUAAAGUGUAUCUGUACCUGGUUUUUAGUCCUGAAGCUGCAAACUCUUUCCGCAAAUAAUCUCAAAGCAUGUUUGUUUAAUCGUGUAUUUACUUACCUUUCGAUUAUAUUAAACCGGCUGAGUUAAAAAUCCGCUUUAUACCAUGUUAAAUUCUCACAUCUGAUUGGUCAGAAGGUGUUGCUUAAUAUAUUAAGUUAUAGCAACAACUCAGACAAAGACCUGUAUGGUGGGUGCAUAACAUGAAUGGAUUUUUUACAAUGUGGGCAAUAGUUCAUAUGGUGCAGUUUGUUUUGUUAUGCAAGUUGAGUCCAGUGCUAGUGCUUGGUACAGCUCAAGUUCAAGUUCUGCAACACAGAAAAGUCUUUAGGUGUGUGUAGGGGAAGACCACCUACUGGUCCAACGAAGGUAUCCAACGGCGUGGCAGAUGGCUUCAUACUUGUUACUGUCUUCCUUUUAUCUUUCCUUUAAAUAUAAACAUUUAAAUGAACAAUUUGUCAACAUUAUGAUGCUCUUUUUACUUUAUCAGACUCCAAUUAUGAAUGCUUCUAAGAGAUAUUAAAAUUCCAAGCUCUAUCAUUAAACUUAUCUCGACAUUUGAUUAUCCUUACAAUCACAUGCACACACGCCAAUCAGCCUACCCUGCAUCGAGAACAUUCAAACUCCACACACACACAAGGCUGUGGCAGGAAUCGAACCCCCAACCCAGGAGGUGUGAGGCGAAUGUGCUAACCACUUAAUUAGAAUAGCGUUAUCUCUAGUCAGCGGCCAUGACCAUUACUAUCUGAACAAGUUGACCGAUUUUACUUCUCUAUAAUAGCAGCUUUGUUUAAUCAUGCCAUGGUUUACCAUGUACACUUAACUAGAAUAAUAUUACAAUGAUCAGAGGUUAAGGCUCACCCUAUUUAGAUUGGUCAAGCAACACUAUGUUGUUCUAAACAGAAAUUCCUUUCAGCCUAAAAUCUCCGUUGGUGUGCCCCAAUACUCCACCUAAACCUGGAUUUUAGCCUGUACUAGCCGGUACUAACCUGAUCUUAGAUGUGUGGUAACACGGACUUAACGUAAUCUACUAGAGACGAUAAUUUCAUGGUAGAUCGGAAUGAAUUCAAAUGUAACAAUUUAUUAGCCAGGUAAUUUCAGAAAUAAUUCUUAAUCCA